AAGUCGACACGGUUUUGACGCCUCAAAUAAAUCGCUGCGAUUUUUCUAUGUAAUUGUUAGUGAGUCAGAUUCGCACUGGAACGCCGCCCGCUGCCAACUACAACCCGUUUAAAUAUAGCAGCAAUUGACAAAUAUUCACAAGUACUGUAUUCCAUUGAGAUGCCCGCGAUUUUCUUAGUUUCGCAAUGAUUUCGGUGAUAUCAACACGAGUUAAGGAACCCGUGAGUGUGUAACGCGAAAACGUGUUGUGCUGUGUUAGAUAUACGGUUCAUAUUUGUGCAAAAUGAUCCGGAAGAGCGCGAGCUGUCAAGUGUAUCACCAAGUGACCUCUACCAGCAGUGAUGUGUCGACAUCUUCCAGUUCAUCGUCGGAAAUAACAGAUACUCCUUUGAGAAAGUUCAAUCGUGUGCUACGUUCGGCUGUAGCGCGCCACUGGUCCUACUUCAAGAAAAACAACCGGUUGAAGACCAGGGGCCGUUCCGUCUCCGACACCGGCAUCUGUGACAUCAUAAAUGAUGACUGGCAGCUGGCCUACUUGGAUAUCCCUGGGGGCACCCAGAGGCGGUCUCUACAAGUGUUUGGCCGGACGCCAUCAAUCGCCGUGCCCUCACUCUAUGUCACGACGGCGGGUGGCUCGGGCAGCGUUGCGGGCGAAGACGCGAGCGACGGCAGUGACGCGGAGCGUCCGCGUCGUGGCCACCACUUGCGAGUGCCCACGCCCGCGUUCCCGGGACAGUCAACCGGGAACUUCGCAGCGGGAGCGGCGGGUGGCGGGUGCGGGGCCCCGCGCUCCGCCCCCGCCACCCCGCUGCAACUCGAGCCUCACCCCCGCACCAAACAUGAUAAGUGA